AUGAUUCGCAACGCCCUCGCCUCGUCUACGCGCCCUGCGCUCACCCACGCCAGGACGGCGACCACCCUGUCUGCUGGUUUCCCGAAGGUCGCUCAGAGGCUACCGACCAAGUAUGGAGGUGUCUAUACGGUCACCCUCAUUCCUGGUGACGGUAUCGGUCAAGAAAUUACGGACUCCGUCAAGGAAAUUUUCGAAUACGUGAACGCUCCCAUUGAGUGGGAGCAGUACAACGUAUCCGGCAUGUCCUCCUCCGGCGAGGACCUCUUCAAGCAGGCCUUGGAAAGCUUACGGCGAAACAGGGUCGGGCUCAAGGGUAUCCUCUUCACCCCUAUCUCCCAGUCUGGCCACAUAUCAUGGAAUGUGGCUAUGCGGCAGCAGCUCGACAUCUAUGCCUCUGUCGUCCUCUGCAAGUCUCUCCCAGGUUUCCCCACCCGCCACAAUAACGUCGACUUCGCCAUCAUCCGUGAGAACACCGAGGGUGAGUACUCUGGCCUGGAGCACCAGAGCUACCCCGGUGUUGUUGAGAGCUUGAAGGUCUCGACGAGGGCCAAGACCGAGCGGAUAUGCCGGUUCGCCUUCGACUUUGCGCUGAAGAACAACCGCAAGAAAGUUACUUGCGUGCACAAGGCCAACAUCAUGAAAUUGGGUGAUGGUCUGUUCCUCAACACCUUCCGUCGUAUUGCCGAGGAGUACAAGAGCACGGGUAUCACUGCCAAUGACAUGAUUGUGGACAAUACUUCCAUGCAGUUGGUUGCUCGUCCUCAGCAAUUCGAUGUUAUGGUCAUGCCCAAUCUUUAUGGUGCCAUUGUAUCGAACAUUGGCGCGGCUCUCGUUGGUGGCCCAGGUAUCGUCCCUGGUUGCAAUAUUGGCAGGGACUAUGCCCUGUUCGAGCCCGGAUGCCGUCACGUCGCCCAGGAUAUCAUGGGUACUAACCGUGCCAACCCCGCCGCUAUGAUCCUCAGCGCUACCAUGAUGCUGAGACACUUGGGGCUGGACAACAUUGCUAACAGCAUUGCAAGCUCGACAUUCAACGUUAUCAACGCAGGCAAAGUCAGGACCGCAGAUAUGGGAGGAUCUGCUACGACGUCGGACUUCACCGCUGAGAUUAUCAAGAACCUGCAUGCAUAG